GAGAAACUAAAGACCGCCGGCUACCCUACGCCUCGAGGUCGGACCAACAUGACGACCUCUCCGUCAGUAUAACGUUAGGCAUUUGGCAUGUUUCGUCGUCGUAUUAAUUCGUCGUUUGUCUACCACAAAAGCUGUCUUACCGCGAGAAGUAACAUCAGAAUGGCUAGUUCUUUGACACUCCCCGAUUCCAGAACGUUGGCCUACGCUUUGGACUCCUCACCAAAAGAAGGACCCCUCAUCAUCUUGUCCAAUUCCCUCACUGCACCUCUUUCAGUGUGGGAUCACGUCGUCAAGGUCCUCAACAGCAAUGGUUAUCGCACUCUACGCUAUGAUCAGCCCGGCCAUGGCGGAUCAUCCGCACCUAAGGAUUUAAGCCCUACGUUUGACUCUAUGGCUGAAGACGUCCAUCAUCUUCUCAAGAAGCUGGAGAUCAACAAGGUCUACUCAUGGAUCGGUGUCUCGAUGGGUGCGUCAGCAGGUGUCUACUUCACCACCAAGUAUCCCAACGUUGUAAGCAAGCUCGCCAUCUGCGACACCAUCUCUUCAUCGCCCAUAAACGCCGGCACAGAAGAUACCUUUGGUCCUCGCGUCGCCGCAGCCCGAGAAGCAGGUAAUCUGGACUCAACCAUCCAAAGCACACUAGAGCGAUGGUUCGGCAAAGAGUGGCUCGAGAACAACCCUCAGGAAACACAGCGUAUGCGGACAGUCAUGUCUGGAACUACGAUCGAUGGUUUCGAAGCAUGUUGUAACGCACUGAGAAGCGAGACUUUUGAUCUUCGACCGAGGUUUGCUAAGAUUGGUUCGAGUGUCGAUGAUGCGAUUUGCAUCGUUGGCGAGAAGGAUGCGAAUCUACCGGAGACUAUGAAGGAGAUGAGAGAUAAGAUCCAAGAGGGGUUUGAAGCGGCGGGUAAGAGCAACAAGAUUGAUUUGGUGAUUAUCAAGAAUGCUGGCCAUGUGUCGUUUGUAGAUGGUUUUGAGCAGUUCACCGCUGAGGUGUUGAAGUGGUUGAAGGCAUGAUUACGCGUAUCAUUCCCUAUACCGGUUAUCGUAUAAUCAGACGAGUCUCGCUUUUCAAUACAAGGAUCAUGUCGUAUCAGUUCAACUCCCGCUGCAAGGUCGGUAAGCCGAGGAUAUCACCAACUCCCCAACCCCGCACCAUCAAAUGUCGGUAUUUCACCAAUAACACUUUCCAAGUUUCCAACCUCGCAUGCAAAGCAACAAUCUGAUGUAAGAUAAUUCGGGGAACUUGAUCAUCACCUCGAAACGAAGAAAAACAUAUCACAAGAUCCUAGUCGAUAGCAUCGGCGAACGCUAAAGGUGGAGUAGUGCCGAGGCUAGCCAUCCCCCGACUCGCCGAUCGGAUAUCAGCCACCAAAUUCUGUUCUGCAUGAUGCACUUACUGUUGGCCGAUGGUGCAGAUUCUAUGCCAUGGGCUUGCAUGAAAUUUCGAUAGUUUGAGAAAACCAAGAAACUUCGCCGAGUUUUAUUAAAAGCCACUUUUGACAGUUAAUGAGAUAGCUGUGGAUCCUGGUCGGAAUCACUGUGAUGCAACAUCGGGAAAAAAAGGAUAAUUUACGUAUGAUUCAGUUGGUCAUUAUUCAUUAUGAUAGAAAAGACUGCACUCUAAUAUCCAAUUAUACUCUCUGAACUUUUCAAGAUUCAC